UAAAACGUAUAGUCAGCGAUAUGCAUCAUUGAGACAUAUAACCUCAAUUUAAAGGUUACUUUACUUUGGAUUACUUCCAUAUGUAAAGAGCUUCCAGCGGAUUUCACGUUUCGCUACGGUUUGAACGAUGUCGAGCAAGUCAACCAUCAAGAUCGGUACGCACGACGGGACUUUUCAUUGCGAUGAAGUCCUUGCCUGCGCGCUUCUGAAACUACUGCCGCAGUAUAAGGAUGCUUCUAUAGUGAGAUCUCGAAGUCAGAGUGUCUUGGAUACUUGUGAUAUCGUGGUGGACGUUGGUGGAGAGUAUGAUCCAUCCAGGCAUCGAUAUGACCAUCACAUGAGAGAAUUCCAAGAAUCGAUGAGUACCGUUAUGAAAAAACCAGGAUACGAUUGGACAAUAAAACUAAGCAGUGCCGGACUGAUCUACUGCCAUUUUGGUCAUGAGAUAUUAAGGAAUAUACUUUCGAAUAUAACAGAGGAUAGAAUCAUCGAUGAGAUUUUCAAGAAGAUCUACGACACUCUAAUCAAGGAAAUUGAUGGUAUAGAUAACGGCAUACCCAUGUAUGAUGCUGAACCAUUAUAUCGAAUAGUUACCGACUUAAGUGCGCGCGUAAGCAGACUGAAUCCUCAGUGGAAUAGUCAGGAUAUAGAUAUCGAGAAACAAUUUGAGAAAGCUAUGGCUUUGGUUUUGGAGGAAUUUUUAGAAUUUGUACAAUAUUCGAAAAACGUAUGGUUACCGGCAAGAGAUCUCGUGCGACGCGCUGUGGAGAAUCGAUUUGAAGUCGAUCCUAGCGGAGAGAUAAUAGCGUUGUCACAAGCAGUACCGUGGAAGGAACAUUUGUUUCAAUUGGAGAAGGAUAUGAACGUGUCACCGUCAAUAAAGUAUGCCAUUUUUGAGGCUGAUAACGCUUAUCGGGUUCAAUGUAUGCCGGUAGCGCUGGGAAGUUUCGUAUGCAGGAUGUUUUUGCCAGCAGCGUGGGGCGGUUUGCGCGCUAAUGCCCUUGUGGAAGCCUGUGGAAUUGAAGGCGCCAUAUUCGUGCAUUCUGUUCGGUUCAUCGGCGGUCAUAAAACCAAGGACGGCGCGGUGGCUAUGGCGCGGAAAGCGCUCGAAAUCGGAAAGGUCGAAUAAUGUGCAGAAUGACGGUGUCUGAAUCAUUCAUCUUUUUUAGAAUUUUUAUGAUGUGGUUAUUGAAUAUUGUUUUAGAAAACAAUUUAAAUUAAUUGCCCUUCAGCUGGUAAUGUGGGAUUUUGAAGAAACAGUCAAUUUUUAUUAUGAAUUUUAGUAAAAUAAAUAAAUUGCAAUUUGUACAGCAUUUUUUGUUGAGGAAACUAGUGUAGCACCAAGUAUAAUUGUAUUAUUGUAUGUUUCAUUGUGAAAAUCAGUUUACAUAUUUUCAGUGUAAUCUUUCACGGACAAAACUGGUGCAAAAAAGCACCAUUAUACUAAAGUUCAGUUUUCUUCCUUUUUAAAGAUAAUGGAAAUCAGUUUAAAUAAAUUCAGAUUGUAUUCAUGCUUUAAGAUAUAACAUCAUUCUAAUUAACUUCAUACAACAAAAUUGUUUUUAAUUUUGGUGUUUCUAAC